AGCAAUUCUUAGUGUUUUCUAAGUACGACAAAAUUAUUUUCCGAAUUGCGUAAGUGUAUUCUCAAUGCAUUGUGUAACACUUCACAAUUAGUUCUUAAAGAAAAGAAAGGACGUAUCAAAAUUUUUGAUCAUUAUUGUUUACACAAAUCACUUGCAUAGGUUGUGACAACUUGAGCAUUAAGUCAGUAAAGAACAGAGAAUGUAUUAGUUAAGAUCUUGAAUGGCUCUCUGAGGUCAUUGUCCCACUUCAACCCUCGUAACUUUUUUGUCAUGCAAGGUAGACCCAUAAAGUAAGCGAGCCGAUUGAAGGCGACGCUGCUAGCUUCCUAAUGAACUAAUGUUCAUGUCUAUGCGGUAAUUAAAGCGAGUGAUAGAGGUCCGAAAUUGCAGCCGGGCUGACUGACCCUUGCUUGUCUUCUGGUGGGGUAUAUCCAAUUGGCGCCCCUAGCAACCAAACCUCUCAACUUGGCUGGAUAAACGCUACAGCAGCGCCUCGUGGUGGCCGGCGGCGGAACUAGAGCCCCUGACAGAAUGACAGAAAAAGGCUUCAUCCUUGGAAGCUUCAUCCUUCAUCAGCCACAGCAGUGGGCGCGGGCCGUGUUGUCACAGUAGAAUAUUCAAUUUCGUGAUCCAUUGUAUACGGAGGAUCAAAGUGACGAGUAUAUGUGAUAUAGUGAGUGGUUAAAAGGUAUGUUGAGUCACUAACAUUAGCCCAAUCUACUCCGCAGCAUCGCUAACUGAGAUCAUUUCCGUGGCCUACUUCAUUUUCCGCGUCUUUGGGUGUAUCACUAAGGCUCCAGGUUGGCGGGUCCGUUCAGCAACUCCAUUUAUGCAUUUUCGUUUAGGUGGUAAUGGUUCACUUGUAAAAAUAAUUUAGGUCCUGGGACUUUUUCAAGAUAAUUGUAGACCCUUUGUUUUUGGCACAUUACAUUUGAGGUUAAACUGUAGGUUUAUUCCUUUGCUCCACCCUUUUGACAUAAUUGUUGUCAACAUCCAGUGUUCUUGGAUGUUUUAUAAACAAGAAGAAUUCUUAUUUAGGACCUGAAAUAUUCCCAGUAUUGCGUACUCUACAUUCCAAUGUAUCCAUCCAUAUAAGAGAGCAACGUACUUUCAAUAAUCCUUGAAGUCAAAAUCCAGUCAUGAUAAUGUAUUCCUGAAGUUUGGGGUCUCAACUCUUCAUUAGUGUCUGAGCGACCCGAAAUUGCCCUUCGCCGUGCCUGCGUCUGGCGCCGUGCUUGCGCCGUCUCAAAGUUUCCAGCAGGAUGAACAAAAAAAGCGGACCACCCCUUUCAACAACUGACGGCGCCGUUUCGGAGCUCAAGUUGUCCUUCUCGGCGGAUGAGAUAUCCUCCGCGGCGCUGGCCCUGGCCAGGCAAUCUUCUCUUGGGAGUUUGAAACACCUUCAUUUCUCUAUGGUUGAGUUUGAAGUCAUAAAUAAAUCCUCCCUGGGCAAACUGCGUGCACUGCUGCACCAAAUUCUCAACACUCGUGGACUUAAAUACAUCUCGCUGAACAUCAUCUGUGAACCUGAACUUCCGGCCCUGACGAGCUCAGAAGAAGCCAGGGAAGUUCCUGUGCCGGCAUCUUUACGCCGCCUGGAGUACUCUAAACCCUACCUCGACCCUUACUUACCUCUCCACUUGAAGUGGCAUGCGGCCACGCUUGAGGACGUCAGCCUCGCUCCGGCCGUCCCCCGCGCGGCGUUCCUGCUCUCCUCCAUGCCCCGCCUGCGCAGGCUGCAGUGCACCCUGCAGGAGGACAUGGAGGUCCUUCUCCAGUGUCCGUCGCUGGAGACUCUCCACUUAAUGAUCUAUCUGACCGAUCGAUCCCGGCCGCUCCUGCCCGCAGUGAGGGCCUUUUUGACGGAGGCGGUAACACGCCUCGAGAAUCUCGUGCUGGAUUUCUGGGGCGGGGACGAGAGCGACGAAGCCGUCGACUUGGUGCUUUGCCUCGAGGGCACCGAGGAGGCGACGACUCCUGCCGCGCUGCGCACCCUCAAGUUCCUCAUCUCCGAUGGGUGCCACGCCUUCGGCCCCGAUCCAACAGAGCAGCUGCGCCACCUGGGCGCCGUCCUCUACGCCCUGCCGAACCUCACCAGCCUGGACCUCGGCGGGGCGCCCACCAGCGACCUCCUCGUGGUGGUCCUGGACGGCGAAGUGGUGCCCAAGCUCGUCGAGCUGACGAUGAACGCGCCCUGGCCGUGCCCCCACGACUGGGCGCACGGCUGGCAGGCCCGCGCGCUGAUGCGCAGAUACCGACGGCUGCACGUCCACAUCCACCCCAUGGUCCACCAGGAGGACGAGGUCUGCGAGUACUGCCGGGAGCACAAGUGCCACAAGAUUCCCGAGUAUGGUCGUUGCACCCUGUUCAGCCACUCCAAAGGCGCCCGCUGUGACGUGAAGCACGAGAAAUGCGAAAUCGCAGUCAUUGUCUCUUAAUGUUCGGUAUCUGUCGGCCGUUUCUUUGUAUUUUGAUUACGUAUUUUUAAUUUGUCAACGUGUUCUUUUUUUGUUAGAAUAUCAGGUGAUUCAUUCCACCUGCUGGCCGUACUGCCUUUAAAUGUGCCUUUGUGAAGAUUGUCUUACAGAACAACUGACUGCUUACUUGUGAAUGUCUACGGUAAACAGUUCUGAAUAAACGUAAUUUUUAGAA